CGCAGCAACGAUCUUUGAAUACAGCAGAAACAAGUGAAACUGCAGGUUGGUGAUGUUUUUCUGACAGGAAUCAAACCGACAACUGUGAUAGACAGGCAGACAGACAACUUCACAGACUUAUUUCUUUCUUACAGCUUCUGCAAAAACACGACGUCACAACUCGGCACUAACAACAGACGUGUGUUCUCUGAAGCAGCGAUGAAGGAGCAGAACUUUAAAGAGGAGGUGGUGAAGAUCAUGGAGGAGGCACCAAACGCCCGGAAAGCUCUGCUGGAAAACUACGACAACCUGCUGAAUGUGGCCGACUACUGCUGCAGCAACUACAUACAGUCAGGUGAGGACAACAUGAAGGCAUUGGAGGAAACGAAGAACUUCACCACCCAAUCACUGGCGAGCGUUGCCUACCAGAUCAGCACUCUGGCCAGUAGCGUUCUGAGUCUGCUAGACGCUCAGACCAAUCAGCUUUGUCACAUGGAGUCUUCCAUCAACCUCAUUGGUCAGACGGUUGAGAUGCACAAAGAGAAAGUAGCUCGGAGAGAAAUCGGCGCCUUCACAGCGGUGAGACGAGUCCCACGCAGCCACAAGAUCCUCCCUCCUUCUCAACCUCCCGCUGGUACACAGCAACGCCCAUCCUACAGCCGCCGUCCAAUCAACUACCAGCAGCUUGACAGCGUGGGACACGGCAUGAAGGUCUCUGGGAAACAGUCAGACCGAACAGGAACCAUCCGGAAACACGGAGCCUCCGUCAGGUCCAACAAAUCCCUGGAGCCGGUUCAGUGCCCGGUGGCACCCCCUGUCACUGGCUCCAGUUUCGGGAAACCUGUUGCUCCGCCCACUAUUCCCACCACCUACCCGGCCACACCUGAGUGUGACAUCAUCCCUGUCCUCCUGGACGAUGCUCCGCCUCCUCCUCCUCCUCCUCCUCCGCACGCUGCGAAUGGAAUAUCAAGUCUGGAUGAGGAGGUUAAUAACUCCUCCAUCCCACCACCACCUCCACCUCCUCCAUCUGACUCAUCAGUACUAAUGGCGGCACCGCCCCCUCCUCCUCCUCCACCGGAGUCAUCAGGAGCAUUGAUGGCUCCAGUUGCUCCGCCCCUUCCUCCUACAACACAUGUAUUGGAGGAGAUCAGCCUCCCACCUCCCUCUCCUCUUCCUCCCCCACCUGAUGAUGACAGCUUCCCUAUGCUACCCAGUGACGGCUCAGAACUUCCGGCCCCGCCCCCUCCACCUCCAUCCAGCCAGGAUUUAGAGGUGACCCUCCCUACCAGGAGGAGCCGCCGCCGUCGCUCGCCCCCCACCACUCGCUCUCUCUCUAUGAGGGUCCGCUCUGGCCCCGCCUCCCGCUGCCGCCACACACGCUCUCUCUUUCUGCCUGCUGUCCAGUCAUUGAUGAUCCCCCCUCCUCCCCCCUACCCUCCCCCAAAUGCUCCUCCUCACCCCUCCUCCUCCUCCUCCUCUUCUUCCUCCUCCUCCUCCUCGCCUCGGCUCUGCUUACCUGCUCGCCUCGAACACCUGGAUCUAGAGAUCCCAUCUACGCCCCCUCCGCCUCUGUUCGAUGACAUGGGUGUUUUUGAUGACAUCAUGCCACCUCUCCCUCCACCAGUGGACUACGACAUGGACGCCCCCCCACAGUACCUUGAGAAAGUGGUGGUGCUGUACAGCUAUGAGGCCUCCAAACCGGACGACCUCUCCAUGGCAGAGGGCGACAUCAUCUACCUGACACAUCGUCAUGACAACGGCUGGUGUGAGGGCUUUCUCAAUGGGAACAGAGGCUUCUUCCCUUCAAACUACAUCCAGUCAUGUGGCUAGACCGAAGCCCCGCCCUCAAUCUGUGGCUUCACAAGGAUUUGUUAUAUUAUUGUAAACUUAUCAAUCAGUGUUUUAAUAUUUAUCUGAACUUCUGCCCCACGGUGGUACAAAACUGUAACAACAGGUACCCAAGAAUUGAAUAGUAUUUAUAUAAGUUAAUGUUUUAAAGGAGCAAUAUGUAACUCUGACUCGUAGCAUUUAAAAAGAAAAUACUUCAUCCCAAAUUCAAAACAUUGGAGAGAGCUGCCUCCCCUCCUCCCUACAGUCUUCACGGACAGGGAAGCUUCAGUGUUUAUCCAGCUCUGCAUCGGUCUUGAAACAUUUCCGCGUUCUAUCUCUGAUAUUUAUCCUAGUUUUACCACGUUUCUGCUCGUGGAGCUUAUUAGAAACAUGCCGAAGCUUUUUAAGUCGGAUAGAAUCAGUGAAAUCUGAACCAGUUCGCUUCCAUCGCUGCAACACCUGUUGGUUUGUGUGUGGGCGUGGCUUAAAAAAGCCUACCUUCUCUGGUCAAAAGAAAACCAAACCAUUCAGGACCAGAAUAUAAACUUGCCAGAGAAAUCGGAAAUACAACAUAGCAUGUUUCCUUAAUUUCUGAUGAUAUAGUAAGGUCAUUUUAUGAUUUAAUUCAGUAGAUAUAUUACGUACUGCUCCUUUAAGCAGCUCGUUAAAGCGGUAUUAACAACAUUACAGAGCUGAAUUUGUUAUAGGAACAUUUUACUUAAAAAAAAAAGAAAAACGGCAAUAAUGCACAAUGUCAAACACAAUUAAAACAAUAUAUUCAGAUUUAAUACAUGCAUAGCCAACAUAAUUAUAUGUUUGAAAUCAAGUGUAAAUGUAGUUCUGUUGUAUUUAAAUAAAGUGUAGACCACUUUUGUGAUGGGCAGAAAAAAUGUAACUUUUGCUUCAACAGGAAUUUGUAAAGCAGUGUUCUUUGACUGUGAUUAUUGACUGCCUGUCAGUCUGAACUGAGGGCCACAGUGCCCCCUGCAGGCCGCAAACACAAACUACACAGUGCAAAGCUUUCACUGUUAAUUCUCUGGUUAAUAAUUCUAUACUUUUGUACUUCAUUAUUAAUGAAACUAUUGUUGAGGUUAUUGAUUAAUUUUAACAUCAUUAUUGUUUCAUGAGUCUUUGACUAAAUGUUUCAUCAACAUUUUUCUUUUUUGUGUGUGCAUACGUUUGAUAUUAUAAAUUGUUACGGAUGCAUUAAAAAAAACAAAAAAUAA